UGUUGAACUGAAGAGUUUACAAUGGGGACGCGCAGUGGUCAGACAGCGCUUUUGCGCACUUUGAUUUUACUUGUGCAGCUCCACGGCGGUUUCGGAUGGAGCUGGUCGGAUCAGCCGGUUUAUAACCCAGUGCUGAUUACCGCGCCGAGAGCGGUAUUUCAGGCGAAGCCCACCCCACUCGCCGUGCAGAAAGCUGACCUGUCGCUGUUGGAUUUGGUCACCCUGGACUGCAGGAAAGACGCCAUGGUCGUGACGGUGAACCGGGUCUUGUUUGGGAUCGGUUACCUGGUGAACAGCGCCGACUUGAGCGUGGGGUCCACGGGUUGCUCGGCCACCUCCUCCGACAGCGUCGCCAACACGGUUUUGAUCAGCAUCCAGCUCCAGGACUGCGGCAGCACUUUCCAGGUAUUCCCAGACUUCCAGAGCUACACAAACCAUCUCUAUUACAAGCCUGCCAGCGUUGGCAUCAUCACCAGGGUUAAUAUGGCUGAUAUUCUCCUCGAAUGCCGAUACCCGAGAAGGUGGCAUGUCAGCAGCAGCCCCAUAAAACCAACCUAGGUGCCCUUCACGUCAACAGCCUCUACAGAGCAAAUCCUGGACUUCUCCUUGCUGCUCAUGAAUGGUAUGAAGGAAUGGGCUGGGGACGGGGUUUAAUCAGAACCUGGCGCUUGUCUUUGGUCUUAAUGUUCAGUUUCCCUUGUAUUGGAUGCUGAAGUUUAAUCUUCAAAUGGUCUUUAACCUCCCCUCCCAUAAUUUUAUAAUUGAGGGAUGCUGUGUGACUUCCAACCCUAUAGGGCUCGCUGAUAUUUUCAGCUUUUAUCGUAUGUAUUAAUUUUAUGGGCUGAAUAAAUGUGUUUCUUGUAAUCUAUCAAAUGUUAUACUUGAGCAGCAAGACAGCUUCCAAUUCAAGUCACAGCACAUGAAUAUAAAUACACCUGUUGUAAUUACUGUGAAAUAGUAUUUGUUUUAUUGGAGGACAUUUAUCUUCAGAAGUGCCACGAAAUGUAUUGAUACAACAAAACAAAAUUGUUAACGUUUCACUUGUGUGGCGGAUCUGCCCUUGAGAGAAUCAAACUAGGUUUCUGUGUGUUUGUAUAUAGAGUUUUAUACUAUUGGAAAUAUACAGUUGCACAUCACUGCUUGUAUGACUGUGUUUACUAAAAUAAACCGCCUAUCCUUUUAAAAUUAACUCUUUAUGCAACUACCUCUUUUGUUUUUUCUUUACACAAUGCCAUAGGUGUGUGUGUUUUUUCUCCCCAUGCAGUGCAUAUACUGCAGUAUAGCACUCGUGUCUUUACUAUAGUUUUAAAAUAAAGUAACAUGUGUAGGUGAUAUUGCAAGCUUGCCAUUCUUGCAAUUACAUUUAAUGUGUACAAAAAACUUCCCAUUCUACAGUAGUGUUAUUUUAAAAACAAUAUUUGUUGAAAGCCAGUCAUGCUUUACCAGUGUACAAAUGAUUAUCAAAAUGAAACCAUGAUGUAAAGUUAAAAGCAUCGGCAGAUCCUGUUUUAUGCGUCGGUUCAGUGCUGCUUCAUUGGGUUAUGGACGAUAUAAAUUGUUGCAAAAAAUAUCAUGACUUGCCCUUAUCCCGGGGUGUCCAAUCUCUGUCCUGGAGGGCCAUUCUAUUCCAGGUUUAACGUGUAAAAUGAUAUAAGCUACGUCUGCGUGGAGAUUUAAACUAUUUAGAACAGAGCUGGAAUGAAGUCCAGGACUGGAAGGGUCAACGUUGGACACCCCUGCCCUAUCUUCAUUUCAUG